AUGUCUCAUCAUAAGAAGAGGGUGUACCCUCAAGCUCAGGUGCCAUACAUUGCAAGUAUGCCAAUAGUUGCAGAGCAACAGCAGUCUCAACAACAAAUCGACCAAACAGCUUAUGCAAUGGGCAACCUACAAUUGAACAAUAGGGCUAACUCAUUUACACAGCUAGCUCAAAAUCAACAGUUUCCUGGUUCUGGGAAAGUGGUCAAUCAACUAUACCCUGUGGAUUUGUUUACAGAAUUACCUCCGCCAAUCCGUGACCUGUCUUUACCACCUCUUCCAAUCACCAUUUCUCAGGAUAACAUUGUGACUCCAUCCGAAUAUUCAAAUGUUCCAUACCAGUACGUCAGAUCUACUUUGAAAGCGGUGCCAAAAACAAACUCUCUGCUGAAGAAAACGAAGUUACCAUUUGCCAUUGUUAUUAGACCAUAUUUGCAUUUGCAAGAUUCAGACAACCAAGUACCGCUAAAUACUGACGGAGUCAUUGUCCGCUGUCGCCGUUGUCGUUCAUAUAUGAACCCUUUUGUCGUUUUCAUUAACCAAGGGAGAAAAUGGCAAUGUAAUAUAUGCCGUUUCAAAAAUGAUGUCCCAUUUGGGUUUGAUCAGAACUUACAAGGCGCUCCAAUCAACAGAUAUGAAAGAAACGAAAUUAAAAACUCUGUCGUGGAUUACUUGGCUCCCGUAGAAUAUUCUGUUAGGGAACCCCCACCAUCUGUUUAUGUAUUUCUUUUAGAUGUUUCUCAAAACGCUGUCAAAAAUGGUUUAUUGGCUACUUCUGCCAGAACCAUUUUAGAAAACAUAGAAUUUCUACCAAAUCAUGAUGGAAGGACCAGAAUUGCUAUUAUAUGUGUUGAUCAUAGCCUUCAUUAUUUUUACGUUCCUUUGGAUGAUGAUUAUGAAGUAUCGGAUGAGGAUGAUGAAGAAUCAGAUGGUGAAGAAGAAGAUGAAGACGAGGAAGAGGAAGACGUUGAUAAUUCAGAAACAAUUCAAAUGUUUGAUAUUGGCGAUUUGGAUGAACCAUUUUUACCAAUGCCGAGUGAUGAAUUAGUAGUUCCACUAAAAUAUUGUAAAAAUAAUCUGGAAACAUUGUUGAAAAAGAUACCUGAAAUUUUUCAAGACACACACAGUAGCAAGUUUGCACUUGGACCUGCCCUAAAAGCUGCGUCAAAUUUGAUAAAAAGCACUGGAGGCAAAGUUGAAGUCAUUUCAUCAACUUUACCAAAUACUGGCAUCGGGAAAUUGAAAAAAAGAAGUGAACAGGGCAUAUUAAACACACCAAAAGAAAGCUCUCAGCUACUGUCGUGUAAAGAUUCCUUUUAUAAAACAUUCACAAUUGAGUGUAAUAAACUACAAAUAACAGUGGACAUGUUUCUGGCAUCAGAGGACUACAUGGACGUUGCCACUCUAUCUCACCUGGGCCGUUUUUCUGGUGGUCAAACACAUUUUUAUCCUGGUUUUAAUGCCACCAGUUUGAACGAUGUUACUAAGUUUACUAGGGAAUUAUCAAGGCAUUUAUCCAUGGAUAUUUCAAUGGAAGCUGUUAUGAGAGUUCGUUGUUCUACUGGCUUGAGGGCCACAUCGUUUUUUGGCCAUUUUUUUAACAGAUCCUCUGAUUUAUGCGCUUUUUCCACAAUGCCUAGAGAUCAGUCUUAUCUUUUCGGGAUAUCCAUCGAAGACUCAUUAAUGGCAGAAUAUUGCUACUUGCAAGUGUCAACAUUGUUGACUCUAAACACUGGUGAACGUAGAAUUAGAGUCAUGACGUUAGCUCUACCAACGUCCGAAUCAGCUAGGGAAGUGUUUGCAUCCGCAGAUCAACUAGCCAUUACUGAUUUCAUGACACAAAACGCGGUGACUAAGGCUUUGAAUUCAAGCAUGUACUCUGCGAGGGAUUUUAUCACAAAAUCGCUCGAAGAUAUUUUAAAUGCCUACAAAAAAGAAAUUUCGAUGUCUAAUAUAAAUUCAGUAACCUCACUUAACCUAUGCGCAAAUUUGAGAAUGUUACCUCUAUUAAUGAAUGGACUAAGUAAACAUAUAGCCCUCAGACCGGGCGUUGUUCCAAGCGAUUACCGUGCAAGUGCGUUGAAUAGAUUGGAAACGGAGCCUCUUCAUUAUUUGAUAAAGAGCAUUUACCCUACAGUUUACUCCCUGCACGACAUGCCCGACGAAGUCGGUCUACCUGACUUUGAAGGAAAAACGGUUCUUCCUGAACCUAUAAAUGCCACUAUAUCUCUUUUCGAAAGAUAUGGCCUGUAUUUAAUUGACAAUUCCGCAGAAUUAUUUUUAUGGGUUGGCGGAGAUGCUGUUCCUGAGUUACUAAUAGAUGUAUUCAAUACUGACACCAUAUCUCAAAUUCCUGUGGGGAAAAGUGAACUGCCUCUUUUGAACGAUUCGCCUUUCAAUGAAAGACUAAGGAGGAUAAUCGGUAGAAUUAGAGAAAACAAUGAUACAAUCACAUUUCAAUCAUUAUACAUAAUAAGAGGACCAUCUAUUAACGAGCCCGCCAACCUAAACUCCGAAAAAGAUAUGGCUUCUUUAAGGCUAUGGGUAUUAAGUACUCUUGUCGAAGACAAAGUUUUAAAUUGUGCUAGUUAUAGAGAAUACUUACAGAGUAUGAAGACUAGUAUCAACAGAUAA